AGUUGGUUCUAAGUUACAUGCCGUGCGCAGUAGGAGAUAAAAUCUAGAGUUCACUCACGCGGAUGUACGAGCGAUUCAUAAUCUCUCCUUGAAUCAAUGUUUGAAUACAUGAAUGUAUUUCAAGAUUUGGCUAACCUGGAACGUCUUUGUUUUUUUUUUGUUCAAAGUUCAAAGACUCCAUAGUGAACGGUGGACGUAAACUCCACUUACUUCACAUCGCUGGCGAUCGAUGCGAAUUAAGAGUUUUGGAACACGUAUUAAGUACGUUGUUGGAGAAAUCACGGAAAGAAAAUUUAUCGCAAGUCUUAAACAUAUGGGAGAGGCAUUCAAUGAUAGCUUAGAAAAGUUGCGCAAGAGAAGUCGAACUUUGUUAGCACAUGUUGAUGAAAACGCUAAAAGGAUUGAUGCUGAAAUAAAGAAAUUACGUUCGCAAACAUUAUUUUUGAUAAAUUGCUGUAAUCAUAAGAAUCAGGGCAGUAUAGGAAGAAAUAUUAAUCUAUGGAAAUUGCGCAACGAUUCAAGCAAAAUUAAUGCUGUUUUAAAUCCAGAUUUUUGUGUCAGUCCUAAACGCACAACGUCAGUGCCAAAUAUGACAUUCCCUGGAAAACUAACACUAACAUCUAAAAAACCGCAACAGCAAUUUGCACCUAGAAAACCAGUAAAAGAAUGUUAUUGUAAUUAUGAAGAGAAUAAGAAGCAUAUAAAAUCAUCAAGAACUCAACGCAAACCUGCCUUGCCUAGUCGUCAUUGCAGAAGCCAAUUUGAGUUUAAAUUAAUAAGAGAAACUGAUAAGCCUGCACUGACUUCGCCAAUUAGCUGUGAAACAUUCAGGAGAGUUAAAAAGAUUGAUUACACGCCUAGAUCUCAAUUCCUUCGCAAUGUACAGAACAAAGUCUGCGAAUUACAAACUGGAGGUGAGGGAGAUUGCUUGCGAACGUGUCCGCGAUCAUUCAGUUAUCACAAAUUCAUGACAAGUCCGAAGAUGCAAGAUAUCAUUCCUGAUGAAAAACUAACAUUACCGGACGAACACAAACAUAUCGAUAAAAGGCAGUCAUGUCUAGCAUCCUCGGGAACGCCUAUAAAUUCACUGGCGAACGAACGAAGCGAAUCCGAAGAUGCCGCCUGCACUUUGACUAAAGGAAUUCAAGAGUCUUCGCGAAAGUUGUCGAAGUCAACAUUACAAAAGACUAUUAGAUCCAAGAAGCAAAUACUAAAGUCAAACGAAAGACUUACCUCCAAAUCACCGACACGAAGUAAAAAAGCAACGCAAUUGGACAAACAAGAUUGCCCUUGCUGUUGCAGGAACGAACCGAGGAGGACUGUGAAAUUUGAUGAACGUGAACGAAUAAACAAUUUACCGGAAUGUUGCGAACAAAGAGACCGGUGCUUGAAGCAUAAUAAUGAUUUUGCAACUGAUUUUGUGGACCAGGAAGUAGAGAAUUUGAGAAAAUUUCGAGAGCAGAAUUAUUUCGAAACACAUGGCUCGAGUUACACAUUGGCGUCGUCCAGAUCUUCAGGAUCUUUGCAACAGUAUCAGCUGAACGAACGUCUUUUUCCGGAGUCGACAAACAAGAUUCAUAAACAAGACUUGGUAGUGACAAUGCCGCUGUGUGCGACGAUGCAGAAAAAGCGCAUCCAUUAUUUUCCUAAAUACGUGGUGCGACAAGAGAAGAAAGCCUGCAAUACAAAUUAUAGGCGAAAACGGUGCCAAAGCUGUCCUCUCACCGGUCAUGCCAUUGAUCUUGGAGUUCUGAAGGCCAGACCGCCGCUAAAUAGUCUGGCGCUCAAAUAUCAGAAAAGAGUUCCUUGAAACAAAAGCAAACAGUCAUGCAUAUUCUAAAAUCUUGUUUUCUUUUUUAUAUUUUUAUUAUAUAUUCUUAAAUCCAUAUGUAGAACAGAAUAGCUUUUUUACCUCAAAGAUUUGAAAAUAUAAAUUUUAACAUUGAUUGUGUCAAUUUAUAAGUGUUAUUUACUUAUUUUUCACCUUUAUUUUGAUAAAAUUAAUUAUAUAAUAUUUAAUUUAUAGAGUAUAAUGCAUUAAAUAUAAAAAAUUUUCAAUAUAUAAAAUUUUACUUUGUUUAUCAUAUGUAGGCUGCGUUUUGAUAUUAAAUGCAAGUGAACGUGUACGUGAUGUAAACUAUAGAUUUUCGGUGCUGGCAGUGAAUAUCGAAACGCAGCUUUAUCAAGUUUAUGCUUAUUUGAACGACUAUAAUUAUUAAAAUUUAUCCGCAUGAUAUGCAAAGAAAAUAGUUAUUGCUAAUUAUGUUCGUUUAUUUUAAAGUACGUAAGAAAAACAUAAAAAAGCGCGAUUAUAAAGGAAUAACAAAAAAUGUAAAUUGUUAAUGCACACUUUUAAGUUAUAUUAAUUAAUACAAACAUUGGUAUAAUUUGCACAGAAAUAUGAUAAAAUAAUUGCUUUCUUGUUUUCUUACAUCAAUAAUUCUUAAAUUAUAAAUAUACAAUUACUAAAGACUUGACUCUCUUAUAAAAUAUUAUGUCAAAAUUAUUAUUGCAACAUUAAAAAAAUUGUUUUAACUCAGUAAUACAAUGGAUUAUUCAUUUUAAAUUGAGAUAAAUAAAUUU